UUCAGAGAGCCGGGAGCGCACCAGAGAGAGAGGAGAGAGUGGGGAGAGAGAGGAGAGAGUGGGGAGAGAGAGGAGAGAGAGGAGAGAGACGCCAAGGGCGAUCUCGGGACGCUGCCUUCGUGCCGGAGAGAGUGUCUGCGUGUGUGUCCGUGUGUUGGACUUCUUUCGCACCGUACGUAGCCAAGCGUGUUAGGGAGAUGAUGUCUCCGGGCGAGGCUUGGGAGAACGUACCGGAGCCGUUCAUCACCAAUGGGGACGGACUGCGACUCCACUGCCACUACUGGGAGCCCGACCUGGGACAAGGGGGCGAACUUAGGGGGCUGGUGUGCGUGAUGCACGGCGCGGGCGAACACUGCGGUCGCUACGACGAACUCGCCAAGACGCUCACUCGGCACUCCCUGCUCGUGUUCGGACACGACCACGUGGGUCACGGGCGGAGCACGCGCGUGCGCCUGGCGGACAUCCACGUGGACAUGCACGUGCGCGACUGCCUCCAGCACGUGCGACGCGUGCGUGGCACGCACCCUCGGCUGCCCUGCUUCCUGCUCGGACACUCCCUGGGCGGUGCCGUAUCGGUGCUGGCGGCUUGCGAGCGCACGAAUGAGUUCGCUGGGGUGGUGCUGAUUGCUCCCCUGUUGAAGAUGAGCGAGGAGUUCGCCACGCCGUGCAAGGUGCUCAUGGCGAAGUUCUUCAGCUGCAUUUGCCCAAACUUCCCGCUGGGCUCUCUCGACCCUUCCCUGCUCUCCCGAGACGCGAGAGAGGUGGAGGACUAUGCGUCGGACCCGCUGGUCUACCACGGGCGCGUGCGCGUGGCGUUCGCCGUGAGGCUGCUCCACACGGUGUCGCUCCUCGCGCGGCUCAUGCCCAGCGUCUCGUGGCCCUUCCUGCUGCUUCACGGCAGCAGGGAUCAGCUGUGCGACCCCGCGGGCUCCCAGAUGCUGUACGACAAGGCGGCCAGCACGGACAAGACCAUCAGGAUGUACGAGGGCGCGUAUCACGUGCUGCACCGUGAGCUGCCCGACGUGAAGGAGGCCGUGCUGCGGGAGAUACAGCAGUGGAUCGUGGCGCGACUGCCAGACUGAGAUACCAGGACCAGAAGAUUCUGUCCGACGAAGAAGUGAAUAACUCCUCCGGACACUUCAAGUACACACUCACGCAAAACAAGGUGUACGAUCUGUUUGUAUUUUUGUAUGUACCUUCGCAAUAUAUAAGCAAUACGAUAUUUAUCGAUUACGUAGUAGGUGACGUUACAAUUACUGUACUGUUCUUAGAUAGACACGUAGGCAUGUGCAGCUUUUACGAUGUUUUAGUGAAAUACAUGGACUGCAUAUCUCAUUGCCCAUUUUUACACUACUUUUUUUUACACCUAUGGCCCACUCCAGGCACUCAAGCCCACUCUUGAUCGGUGUAACUCUGUCUCUUGAAUGUAUCUUAUCGGAUUGACCACAGCGUAGGGAACCCUCCGCGCGUGUGUUUUACGCUGUGUAAUACUUCUAAGCGUCCGUUUGUUUGACAAUAAAAUAAAACACAGACUGUGCAUGGACUGUGCAAUAAAGGGUAAACCGGCACUGGCGUGGAAUCUUAUUUGCCGGAUCCUUACGAAGGUUCGUCUUUCUGCGAUCGUCGUGUGGACAGGAAGGGUUA